CCACCCAUGUCCGCGGAUUUGUUCGCAGAGUUUGGCAUUGGUACCAAGCCCAGCGAGCAGCCCCAGAGAGCCGUGAACCAGCGGUCUACGAAACAACAAACAUCACUAGUCCCUGACCUGGACUCCUUCGAUGAUAGUCCUUCGACGCCUUCAACGCCUUUCCCAAAUUAUGCAAACAAGUCCACUGCAGUAGGAAACCAAUGGCAAAGUUCUUACUGGGACAAGCCACCUAUCUCGGGACCGGUACAGCAGGAUAGUGGCAAUGAUGUGCUUUUCGAUGCCUCUCUCGAGACCGCCUCGUACGAUGAAAGCGAUGAUUGGGGCGAGUUCGAAACUGCAGGCGUGCCCACUCAACGAGCGCCUGUAGAGCAGUCGAAAUCUAGAGGCUCAACUUCUGAGGCACAGCAAACUAAAGUGCAAGAAUCCUUUGACUUGCUAGAGUCGCUGUCGCUUGACGAUAAACCGCCUGUAUCUGGUAAAGAGUCUAUUGGCACGCAGCAGAAAACCAGACCCCAGCCAGUGCGCAAAGAGCUACCGUCUACGGCACCUUCGCUGCCUGUUGAAGACGAUCCUUUUGAGGAUUGGGGUGAUUUUGUUGAUGGGCCAGCUACAGCAUCGAGUCAAAGGCAGGACCAGAAGCCACCAGCCUCGGCCCGGACGCAGCGUGGAUCCGUCCAGAGCAGAGCAGGAAACCCACAUACUACAACCACCGCUGUCGACCCGGCGGUAAGGUUUACAGCUCCCAGUCCCAGCAUCACGGCUGACCAGGUCCGUCCGACCAAUAUUCCCCCACCGUCUGUGCUGUUGGAGCUGUUUCCUCGUCUAUUCGAGCAAGUCCGACAGGAAGCUACGGACGCAAGGAAGGAUAUGCAGCAAAGAGAUAAAGUAGAACAUGCAGCGCAGUUAAUCCAGAAUACGCUGAAGACUGCCGCCCGAGUGGUUGUGGGCCGUACCCUGCGUUGGAAACGGGACAACAUUCUGAGUCAAAGCAUGAGGAUUGGCCCAGCAGGAAAGCCCGGAGGUAUGAAGCUCAGCACGGUCAACAAGAACGAGGAUAUCAAAGAGCAACAGGAGGCAGUGGAUGUGCUCACCAUGUGGCGAGACAGAGCGGCACUUUUCAAUUCUGUCGUCCAGGCAUCUGGAAUUCGACCAGUUCCUAUUGUUCAAGAGAACGUUCGGGCAAUGACACUCAGUGCUGAUCGGGGGGCACUCAAAGCAUCACAUGCUUGUGCUCUUUGCGGAUUGAAACGAGAUGAGCGGUUGCCCAAAGUUGACGAAAAUGUGGAGGACAGCUUUGGAGAGUGGUGGGCUGAACAUUGGGGUCACACUGACUGCCGGCAAUUCUGGGAAAACAACAAAGCUCUACUGGGACAACGAUGACCGUAUGCAUGAGCAUGAGAAUCGUAAAGACCUAGGCUCAAUUCAAUCAGCCACACAGGCGCCCUAGCUACGGCAACCGAUUUGAUAUUCGGUCUGCUCGUAAGGGAAAAUGCAGAUACCACAUCUAUAGCUCAUCAUUCCCAGGGACUGAUUACACGAAAGUCAAGAAUUCGGACUCCCUGCCGAGUCGCGUCACGAGACUCACAGAGUCUUGAGCUCUGUACGUGUCCGUACAGUCUCCGUAUCAGUUGAGGGAUAUGCAUAUGUAUAUAGCUUUUAUUUUGAAGUAGAAGAACAGUUAUCAACGAGUAUUCUGAGAUGGAAGGCUGAAGCUAAAGCCGGUUUAUGCU